UCUACCUACACGAAUCGAAAAUGCUGCCCCGGCUUGGAAAGUGACCUGUACCUUAGAAGUAGAGAGACGAAGCAAUUACUUAGCUACAAUAACUCAUUUGUUGCGCGAAUCAAAGGACAUGGGAAGCAAAGAAAGCACGACAAGAAAAGUCUCUUAUGGUGUGGACGAGGAGGAGAAUGUUACCGUUUUGCAAGGAAUUAAGCUGUCUGAUGAUGUUCUUCAAAGGAUGCGGGAGCCAAGUCAGACCUCAGAAAGAACACCGUCCCCGAAACCUGACCGCCAGAAGCCUGAUCCAAGCCCAGUGCCACCUUCCAUGGCUGAGAUGCAGGAGGAGUUAAGGAAACGGUAUGAGCAGGAGCAGGCUGCGCUCAGGGGCGAGCUGGCACGCAUCACCCGCAAGGAGGGAGAGGCCGCCGGAGACGACCUGACCCCCACCGUGCUCCACCCAGAGAGGGCCAGGACCAGUGAGGAGCUGGAGAAAGCGCAGAACCUGGCAAGACAGCUUGCGAGGAAAGAUGCUGAGCUGAGGCAUCUGGCAGCAUUCUACAAAGAACAACUACAGCUGAUGGAGAAGAAGAACAUGGACUACUACCAGCAGACGUCACAGAUGUACAGCAAGGAGGCGGCUAAGGCCGAGGCCAGCGUGGAGCCCAAGCUUACAGUUCCCAUCUGUCCUGGGUUGCAGUCUCAAUUGCUGAGCUGCUAUAAAGAGAACAGACACCAGACUCUGCACUGCUCUGCACUGGCAAAGGAGUACAUUAACUGCAUCAACUCUGCCAAGAAGAACCUAAAGGUGAACCAUGGAUCAUGACCGUGAUGAAGAGGAAGGCGAGUGAUGUGAAGAGCAGUGGCAUUUAAACCCAGCAUGGAUUUCACAGAACCACUUUUAAUCUGAUUCUGUGAGCGAGGCCUUGUCUAUGAGUCCAGGCACACCUGUCCUUGAUUUUAUUUAUAUGUAUGUGUGUGUGUCUGUGUCUGUGUGUGUGUGUGUGUGUGUGUGU